UCCACCUCAACGCAGCCUCUCUCCCCCAUCCCCAGCUGUCAAUCCCUUUGGUUGUAUGUUCCCUCCUCACCCCCCCCCCCCAAAGCUUUCCUAGCUCCUUGCCCUCAGACAGAUUGUAGCUAGGGGUCGGUACUGGAGUUGAGAGAAAAAGGACAUGGAAAAGGAGAUAUGGGACCCUUGGAUAAAGCUGACAGACAAUAGGCAACACUGGAUGGAAAACUGGAUAUCAGACUGACACUUGACCUCUAGACACAGAGAUUUCUCUGUGACUGAGGUCCCUUCCAGGGGAUCCAGCCAUCAGUUGGAAGAGACCUGGGGACCAGGGGGGACCUGGCUGGAUAGGGAUGAGGGAACCAAGCCACUCCCCAAGUCCCUGGUCCCCCCGUGGCAGCUCACUAAGCACCCUCACUCUUCUGCUGCUCUUCUGUGGACAUGCUCACUCUCAGUGCAAAAUCCUCCGCUGCAACGCUGAGUAUGUAUCAUCCACGUUGAACCUACGAAGUGGGGGAUCUUCUGGAGGGAACCGGGGAGGUGGAGUCCGGGGCCCAGGAGCGAACUCUGGUGGCCUAUGUCGCGCCCUGCGCUCCUAUGCGCUCUGCACGCGGCGUACUGCGCGUACCUGCCGAGGGGACUUGGCCUUCCAUUCUGCGGUCCACGGGAUAGAAGAUUUGAUGAUCCAACACAACUGCUCCCGCCAGGGUCCCACGGCCCCGCCUCCUCCGCAGGGUCCCGCCCCUCCUGGCGCUGGCCCCGCCCUUUCUUCAGGCCCCCCUGCUCCGGACCCCUGUGACUACGAAAGCCGGUUUUCUAGGCUACAUGGUCGUCCCCCGGGCUUCCUGCAUUGCGCUGCCUUUGGGGACCCCCACGUACGCAGCUUCCACCACCACUUCCACACGUGCCGUGUCCAAGGCUCCUGGCCUCUUUUGGACAACGACUUCCUUUUCGUCCAGGCUACUAGCUACCCGGUGGCCACCGGAGCCAACGCCACUACCACGGGGAAGCUCACCAUUAUAUUUAAGAACAUGCAGGAAUGUAUCGACCAAAAAGUCUACCAGGCUGAAGUGAACAAUCUCCCAGCGGCUUUUGAAGACGGAUCGGUCAAUGGAGGUGACCGUCCUGGAGGUUCAAGUCUGACCAUCCGAGCAGAGGCCCCUGGGAGCCAUGUGGAGAUCCGAGCUGCCUACAUUGGUACAACCAUCAUUAUUCGGCAAGCAGCUGGUCAGCUCUCUUUCUCUAUUCGGGCAGCUGAAGAAGUAGCAGGAGCAUUCUCAGCUGAACAAGAUCUACAGCUCUGCGUAGAGGGAUGUCCCCCAAGCCAGCGACUCUCCCGGUUGGAGCGACAACGAAGAGGGGCUCUGACCUUUGAUACUGCUAAGCAGUUGUGCAAAGAAGGACUACCAGUUGAAGAUGCUUAUUUCCAUUCAUGUGUCUUUGAUGUUCUGACCUCUGGUGACCCCAACUUCACUCUGGCUGCUCAAGCUGCCCUAGAGGAUGCUCGGGCCUUUUUGCCAGACCUGGAGAAGUUGCAUCUCUUUCCUCGUGAUGCUGGAGUUCCCCUCAGGCUUACAGCUCACCUGACCCUAGUACUUACUGGAAUCCUUGUUUUCUGGUGUUCCAUCUGAUGAACACUCCCACACCCAUUUUAAUAACCUAACUAAUACUUUAAAUUUGGUAGGAACAACAUGAAAAGGGGGUAGAAUACUUGAGGAAAGGAACAAGGCCGGGGACAGUCUCAAAGUCUGAAAAUGGCCUGCUGAUACUUCCCUAGAUAUAUAAAAAUGGGCUAAAAUCAAGGGUUGGAGUGGCCACAGGAUAGAGAAAUGGGGAUGGGAGUAGGACUAGAGCCUCUGUGGUCUACACCUCUCUAAGAAAGUCUUUGAUGAGCAGAUUCUCCUACCACUGUUCCCUCUGGAAUGAAAGUAGGAGGUCAUGAUUUCCAAGUAGAAAUAAUUUGAGAGGUAUACAUGUUCAUUACCUACCAAAAAAAACCCAAACAAACAAAGAACAAUUGGGUACUUGGUAUACAUGAUUUCACUGUUAUAGGCACUCCCUCUAUCAAUGCAGAACAAAACCUCUCCAUGUUGUUGCAUCCAGUUCAUCACUACGUUUGCCCAUAAAUCCUAUUAGAUUUAUCCAACACACUGGCCUUCCUCUUGUCCUUUUGGUAUCACAGGUAUCCUGAUAGACUACUAAGAUUAUCAGUCCUUCAUUCUCAACAUAUGACUCACCACCUUUUCUGAUAAUAUAUUUCCUUGAUUUUUUUUUACAUGAAUUCUCCAGUGAAAGUCUCUCUCUCUCUGUCUCUCUCUCUUUUUUUUAAAGCAACAUCCUGCAGCAUAGAUUUGGAGUAAAAAAAUCCCUGGGUUCAGGCCCUGGCUUCCUAGUUCUGUGACCCUACUAUGUAAGCUCCAAGUUCUUUAAGUAACAAUUUCCUUAUCUAUAAAAUAGGAAUAAUAAUAUUUACCACUUAGUAAACUGUGGAAUGGUUUUCAAAUGUGAGCUAUCAUUACUUAGACUCACCCCAUCUUUUCAUUACCAUUCUGGCUAUUCCUAAAUUUAAUUCUUCUGAGAUCAUAAUCUUCCAUGAUUAGAAAACAUAUUAGCAUCUCAAGGAGAAUGAAUACUGUUAUUUUAAGUGAUAGACCUUUUCAAUACAAAGCACUUUGGGAUCACUGAAAUCGUUGCACGACCCACAAAAUGAAAAAAAGAUUCAAUACUUUUCAUUUACUGUUUUCUUUUUCAGUACAAGUAUCAUCUGUCAGGAAAAGGGCUAUAAGCAGUUGAAGGACUAUUUUCCUUUUUGUUUUUGUGUCCUUAGUGCCUAGCCUAAAUUAAGAGUUUAAUAAAUGUUUAUUGAAUUGAAUUGAAGGGAAGAAACUGUGUUUUGAUUUCUUCUUUUUGAACGGUCAGAGAGGAAUUUCUCUGCCUACACCUUAGGCUUAGGGAAUUUCUCUGCCUUUGGGGAGGGGUGCAUGUUAGACAGAAAUUAAUCACUUCCCCCAUAUAGUCUGCAAUUAAAUUUUUUUAAUUCCAUACAUAUACUUCUGUUGCUUAUUUUGAAUCUUCCAAAGUGGACCUGAAGAAACAGAAGCUUGGGGCAUAGUGGAAUUGUUCUUCAAGUAAUCAGCAAGAUGGGUAGGUUAGAGGUAAAAAGAUAAUUAAAUUUUUUUUGGAUGUGUUAUUUGAGAUGCCUAUCGGCUAUCCAGUUGAAAAUGUCCAGUAGGCAGUGAUUUGAGACUGGAAUUCAAAAGAAAAAGUAGAAUUGAAUAUAUAGAUCCGGUAGUCACCAAGAGGAGCUGAUGAGGUCAACAAGAGAAAAGGUAUAGAGAGAGUAGAAAAGAAGACCCUGGAUGGAGCCUUUCCAUAGUUAGGGAUGAUGAUCUAGCAAAGGAAACCAAAUAGAAGCAGUCAGACAGAGUAGUGGAAAACCAAGAGAGGAUAGUGUUACAAAACCCAGAGAGGAGGAAAUAUUUGGGAGAAGAUGGUCAACAGUAUUAAAUUUUGCAGAGAGAACUUAGAAGGAUAGACUAAGAACAUUGAACAAUAUAAGUACAGAGUAUCCCAAAAAUCUAUUUAAGCUGUGAAAGCUUAAAACUGCACUAAGAUUUUUAGAACAUAAUAUAGUUAAAUGCUAAAUUAUGUGCUGUUAAUAUCAUAGAAAUUCAGAAGUAAGGAAGAUCAAUGAAGGGUGAAAUAGUUAAGGAAGUCAUCAUAGAAGAAGGGCCUUGAAGGAUGAAUAGGAUUUGUUAGGCAGAAGUGAGAGAGGAGAACUUUCCAGGCAAAGGACUCAAUUUGUGGUCCAUGGAUACUGAGGGAGUCUAUGGAUAGAUUUCAGUGGGCUUGUGAAUUUGGAUAGAAAAAAAAUCCAUCUGUAUUUUCACUAA